UUGGCGUCAACAUGGCGGCGGUGGAUGUCAUUGUGGACAACUUGUUGGCACUAAGGAGGAUACCGGCUGUCCGACAACACUUCCACUGGAUAUUUUUAAUCAUUUCAGUCGUGGGGUCGGUUCUGAAGGAUCAGGACCUGGUUCCGGAGACGUAUUUCAGCAGCAGCAGAAACGUCCUGAAUGUGUAUUUGGUCAAAAUUUCCUGGAUGUGGACGUUGCUGCUGCUGACGCCCUUCCUCCUCCUCUCAAAUUCCUCCCUCAGCAAGAGCAUGUCGUACCGGCGGCUGCUGUCUCUGGUGGUGGCAUCAGCCGUCUGGUACAUCUGCACAGAGAUGUUCUUCUAUAUUGAGAACUUGACCGGCUCCUGUUAUGAAAGUAGCACCAUGGAUGUUAUCAACACGGAGUUCACAUCCAAGGCCACCUGCAGGCAUGCCGGUUUCCACUGGGAUGGCUAUGACAUCUCGGGACACUCCUUCAUCCUGGCCUACUCUGCUCUUUUAAUCGUGGAGGAAACGGCUCCGAUGGCCUCCCUGAAGACAGCCAGUCUGUCUGCAGGGCUCAGGAUGGUUCUCAACCUGCUGUACGUGGCCUUGAAUCUGAUUGUGAUCAUAUGGGUGUGGAUGUUUGCCUGCACCUCUGUUUACUUCCAUGACAAAUCUCAAAAGUUCCUAGGGACCAUAUGCGGCCUGUUGGGGUGGUAUCUGACAUAUCGGGUUUGGUAUCCAAAACCUUGGUCACCAGGACUCCCCCCUCAGCGUCACCCAAAAGAACAGAAACAACAUGCCUAAGCUGCAGUCAUACUUUCCUGUAGGAUAUUGUUGCUAAUGUUGCAGCCAUCCUCAAAUCAACGCACUGCAGUUGAUGUUAUCUGUCUCCAAGUCCAAGCUGGCCACGCUAUUUUAAGUUAUUCCCUCCUCACAGAAAGGUCGGGCUUGCAGUUCCUCCGCAGUGUUUGGCAGCUGAUGUUCCCAAAAUGACUCUUGGUAAUCUGAGACAAAAGCAAGACGCUGCUCUUCUGUCCAACCUUUAGCCUCUUACCAACAGCCCCCGUGGCUCGCAUGCUAGACAAUAGUUUGUCUGCCAGUUUGUUGCCUUAUAAUGCAAUCCGUUUUUAGAAAUCUGAGUGGGAACACUAGAGAUUGUUUACAGCUCCAGUUGUAUAGCACUGAUGACAUGUAUUUUUGCAGACCAAUGUACAGUAGAUGUUCAUUGUUUUUUUUGGAAACUACCUACAGAACAAAGUUAGACUUCAGUGUAAAAGGUAAAUUUAAUCCUACACAUAGGAUUUUAACGACCUGUCACAUCACAACAUACAUUAGUUGUUGGACAGCCCUGUGAGUGCCCAUUAUCACUAUUAAAAUCUUUUAAAGGAU